CACGCUCCUCCACCACUCCUCCGUUUUGUUCUCUCCCAGCUGAAAAACAAGAAGAGAAACAAUAACCAAUUUGCCGAAGAAGCCAGCCCAUCGAUCUCCAUAUGGAAGUAUACGGCGACCUCGAGGCCGGCUGCCUCAGCCACUCCGUCUCGCCCGUGAAGCCGGCAUCCUCGCCGCGGAAGCCCGGCCGCCUGUUCUGCGACCCCUGCGACGACGCCGACGAGCUCCUCGGCCACCACCACUACCUGGACAUCUGCUUCAGCUGCCGGAAGCUCCUCGCCGGGAACAGAGACAUCUUCAUGUACAGAGGCGACAUGCCCUUCUGUAGCGAGGAGUGCAGGCAGGAGCAGAUCGAGAUCGACGAGGCGAGCGAGAAGCGGUCGAAGCAGACGGGGCGGGCGGAGGAGCAGCAGCGGCAGCGACAGCAGCAGAAGCAGAGCCCCCAGAGGAUCCCGGUGUGGGCGUGGUAGCAGUUUUCCGGCAACCAAACGUAGGAUUUUUAGCAGCAGUAUGUUCAAGAACAAAACUACAAAAGCUCGAUGAGUCGGACACUCCAGAUCCAGCCGAGAGCACGGCUGGAUCGUCCGUUCGACGGCAUGGCGAGACGAGGGGAGCAGCAAAUCGAUGGCCUGCGUCUUUUGAUCUCCGAAGAUGGAGACGAAGAGUUAAUUUUGUUUGUGAAUUACCACUGGGUUUUUGUUCCUUCUGCUCGGUUGCUCGUAACUGAAAAGAGUGCGUGCGUGCAACCGGUGCCGCUUUCCUGUGUCGUCCAAGGUGUAUAACAACCUGUCGAUAUGAAUAUGAAAGAAGUGAGAGGCAUAA